GGCAGGAGGAAGGCCGAGGCAGUCAGUCUGUCCUCGGCCCGCACGCUGGACACAUCGCGGCAACGACCGUCUCGCUCGCUUCAACUUGCGUGUGUGGCUGGAUAACCAUAAUAACAUAGUGGAGAGUGUCGUAGUGUACAAGACUGCCAAUCUAGAUUAACGCUGACAAAGGUGCAACCAAAUAUUUCGACAGUUUUGUUACUCGGAAAACAUCCAUUUGCUGCACUAAGACUCGGCGGCAAUGAUGGCGCCCUUGUGAAUGGUGUCGGGCACAGACCCCGGCAGCGAGAGCGGGCGGUGGGCGGCCAGCAGAGGCAGGGACUGCGAGUGGUGGUCAGCACGGGCGUGGGCGUCGUCGCGUGGACUGCAUCUUCUGAUCACCAUGGCUGUCAACGUGCUGAUGCCACUGCUCAUCCCGCUGGGGGAACAGAUCACCAACGUGACGCAGCUGGCGGGCGUGGGCAACCUGGCGUUCGCUCCCCCGCGGGUCGAGGUCUUCGUCAAGGAGAACGCCGCGCCAGUGUUCCUGCUCACGCUGCACGCCGCCUCCAACACCACAGAGAGCGAGGUGACAUACAGCGUGGUGGCAGGCGGCGUGGGUGGUGUGUUUGUGGUGGACGCCCGCGCGGGCGGACUCACCCUGAGGACGCCGCUUGACUUCGAGGCCAGACAGAGCUACGAGGUGGUGGUGGAGGGGCAGGCAGGGGCGGAGCGCGCCUACGCCCACGUGAUGGUGCUGGUGACGGACGUGAAUGACGAGCCGCCCACCUUCUCGCGCCCGCUCUACGAGACGCAGAUCACGGAGGAGGACGACCGCCAUCUGCCCAAGCCCAUCCUGCAGGUGGCGGCGGUGGACAGGGACGCGAGUGACGAAGGGCGCCUCCGCUACAUGCUGCGGGGCGACGGCGGCGGCGGCGGCGGAGGAGGAGGCGACAGGUUCUCCAUCAACGAGACGUCCGGCCAUAUCCAGCUGCUCAGGCCCCUGGACCGCGACGCGCCCUCCGGCCGCGCCCGGUGGGACCUGCGCGUCCAGGUGACGGACGGCGUCCACACGGCGAGCGCGCGCGUCCACGUCAACGUUAAGGACAUCAACGACAACGCUCCCUUCUUCCCCAGCCAGCUCAUCAACGCCUCCGUGCCAGAGAACGCCAGGGCGGGGGCGGACGUGACGCAAGUGACGGCCACGGACUACGACGACGCGGCCGAGGGCAGCAACGCCGUCGUCUCCUACUCCGUCGAGAAGAACGUGAUCGACGACCAGUCGGGGCAGCCCAUCUUCGCCAUCGACGCCUCCUCCGGCAGGAUCACGACGGCGCUGUGUUGCCUCGACCGCGAAAGGACGUCGUCUUACACCAUCCACGUCGUGGCCUCGGACGGGGGAGGCCUCAAAGGCACGGGCACGGUGUUGGUGCGAGUCGGCGACGAGAACGACGUGUCGCCGCGAUUCAGCAGGAGGGAGUGGCAGGUGACGGUGCACGAGUCGGUAACCGCCAACACAUCGCUGGCGACGCUGACGGUGCUCGACCCCGACGCCUCCAACGACUUCGCCUUCAGGGUGGUGGAGGGCAGCGGGCACGGCUGGGACAAGUUCCGCGUGACGGCCGCAGGCAACAGGAGCGGCUCGCUGCAGGCUGUGGAGGCGCUGGACUACGAGGACCCCAGACAGCGCCAGGGCUUCAGGUUCAAGGUCCAGGUGUCGGACAAGGGCGCGGACGGCUGGCGGGAGCCCGCGCAGCUGGACUGGGCGUGGGUAGUGGUCAACUUGCUGGACGACAACGACAACGCGCCCGACCUCUCCAAGCGCCAAGUCAACCUCACGCUGCCGGAAGACACGCCCAUCGGCCACUUGCUGGCCUCUUUCACCGCCCACGACAGAGACCAGGGCGGCCGCGGAGAGGUGCAUUAUAGCAUCGCGCCCGGCAGCGACCCCGGGCGCCGCUUCGUGGUGGACUCGGUGGGGCGCGUGCGGUUGCAGCGCCUGCUGGACCGCGAGGCGGCGGCGCGCCACGAGGUGCGCGUCCUGGCGGUGGACGAGGGUGCGCCGCCACGCACCGCCACCGCCACACUCAGCCUGUCUCUCACCGACGUGAACGACAACGCGCCGCACGUGGCGCACCAGGACCCGAUUCUGGUGCCCGAGAACACGCGGCCGGGGCACGUAGCCACGCUGGCGCUCGACGACCCGGACGACUGGAGCCUCGGCCACGGCCCGCCCUUCGCCGCCCGCCUCGACGACAACGCGGCGCCCGACAUCAAGAACACCUUCGCCGUUGAGUUCGACCAAAGUGGAGACUCCGGGCGCGGCGUGGCGCUGGUCUCGACGCUGACGCCGCUGGACCGAGAGGUGGCGGCAACGCGCCUGCUGCCGCUGGUUGUGGCGGACGCGCGAGGGCUCACGGCGACCGCCACCGUCACGCUCACCGUCGGCGACGCCAACGACAACCCAAUGGCGGCGGCGGCAAAAACCAUCUCCGUCGUCAGACUCACGGUAAAGCGACCCGACUUCACUCUGACCUUCCUCAGGGGCAUCAGCUGGGGGGGGACCAACCUAGCCGUGCUGGAUUUGGUCGGAAUAGGGAAGGGGGAGAGAUCCGAAGCAGAAUUCGGGGAAAAAUUUCUUCAACACAAUCAAGAUGCAAUAUAUACAGAUGGUUUGAAAUCUGAAAAUAGUGUGGGCUUUGCAAAAUGUUUCGCAAGCAAUCAGGAGCUUAUCCUCAUCACAUCCACUGGUAAGGGAGGUUCAAGAUUGGCUUACGCUAACGUCAACAUUUGGGUGACAAAUAGAAGUUAUGUUAACAAGGCUGAGAAUCGGGCACUCUAG